UAAAGAUGGCCGCCGCAACAAUGGCGGGGCUCGACGCUCACAGGAUGGAGGAGAAGAAAUUUGAAUACUUCUCCUCCAUCAACUCCAUGGCUAAAAAGAUCAUGCAGGAGCGGGAGAAAAUCAAGACCAAGCACGGCUCGACCUGGGAGAAAAUGAGCCCGCAGGAGCAAGAUAACGCCAUCGACAACUGGAUGAUGGACCCGCAUAUCCGAGCCCGAUACGCCAUGCACAGAGUGGAGCGGGAGGAGCUGAUCUGUUACCCCAAAAUGCUGCUCCACACGGGCCAGAAGGUCGUUCACUUCGGCGACGAGGACAUUACCUGGCAAGAUGAGCAUUCGGGCCCUUUCUCAUGGGAAACUAAGAGUCAGAUGGAGUUCAGCUUGACCCCAGGCUCAGCAGACCAGGGAAUCCCUGUCUCACAGGCCGACUCAAAGACUCCAAAGGCUCCUCAGCUUGGCAAGAGUACACCAGGAACCAAGGUGUCUGUCAGCGAGGGACGAAGGCCCGAGGAGGAGUCUUCCUUUUGGAAGAUCAGCGCUGAGAGGUCGAGGCUGGAAGGCGAGAAAGCUGACUUCCAGUCCCUGACCCCGAGUCAGAUCAAAUCACUGGAAAAAGGAGAAAAAUCCCUCCCUUCCUACCUGAGACAGGAGACAUCUGUCAACUCCAUGCACAAGGAACAAGAACCAGCAGAGUCUCACCCUCCACCUCCUGCCAGGUCCAUCAAGCAGAGAGCCCCCAAGCCUCCUGCCCCGCAGCCCCCCAUCCCUGCCACUGUCAGCGCUCCACCAGCAUCCAUCUCCAUCGCUCAGAACCCAGCCCCGCCCGUCAGCAUCAGCGCCUCAGUCGGAGGUUGGGAGAGGUCUCAAAGCACUCUGCCAUCGGUCAGCAACACCAUGGAUGAAAUGUUCUCGUCCAGUAUGAUGUCCAAACCACCCAGCCUUCCCGCUAGUGUGGAGAAGAAGGAGAAGGUGAAGGAGAAAGUGAAGGAGAAGGUGAAGGAGAAGGAGAAGGAGAGGAAGGAAGGGAGUCCCCCCAACCUUAACCCCAGCCCCACCUUUUCCCAGUUUAACACAAGCAAUAACAUCCUGAAGACUGGAUUUGACUUCUUAGACAACUGGUAAACCACAGCUGACAGCAGUCACCGCUCUGAAUGAGUCACUCUCAUCCUCACUUUAAAGAAGGAAGACACUGCCAUGACUACAGACAUCCACAUUUAGAUUUAAGAGACACCAAGCUUUAAAAUGACCACAUCAUGUUUUACUCAUCCUCAGUGGCUUGUUAAACAUUAUCUCACUACCGUUCAUGCUGGUCUUUGUUUUUUUUUUCCCUUUUAUAGCCAGACUAGAAGACUACUCCUCUGUAAUCUUUUGAAGUUGUUGCCAAAUAACUCCUGUUUUAACGCCUGCUAAGGUACAAACAAAGUCAUUCUAACUAGCAGAGAUUAAAGUAGAUUGAAUGCCCGGUGGGUUUUCUGGUCUUGCUCAGGCAGAAAACGUUCUGUUUUUUGGACUGAUUUGUAAUCCUCAACCACACUGGCCUCAAAUCCCACACUUCUAAUUGUGUUACCCUCAUCAUUUUUAUUGCUUAAAGUUAGUAUGCAUGCUGACUUGGCUGCACAAGGCUUGUAGAAGCUACUUCAGCAAACAGUGCUGUACUACAACAACGUAAUCUGUGCAAACACUAAAGCCUGUCUUUUUUUUUUUUAAGUUCUAUUGUUGUCCUGUGUUUUGAGUCAGAUUUUUUUUUUUUAAAUAUGCUUAUAUCUUAAUAUAAACCUUCAUGUUUUAGAGUUAAAGUAGGUCAGACUGCUUCAUUCCUCCUCCACACUGUGUGGCUAGUGUGCACUAUUCCUGCUGGUUAUGUAAUUCCUGUUGAUCAUGGAGUUUUGAGAGUUACUGGGACACUGUUUCAUGGGAUUUUGCUGUUAUCAGGUCUCAGAUUUGGUUCAGAUGGUAUUUUUGACUGCCGUGUUUUCUUUGGGAGCAGAUACGAGUUUGUUGUUCUUGUUGGAACUUGAAAAGAAGGAAAAAGUACCCCGAAACCAGGACAUUUUACCAUGAGCUAAAUGUCUGGGCUGCCCUGGGAAUCUGUUACAAGUGUGCUCCAUGACGGCACUUCCUCACCACAACUCCUACUCCACCUUAUUCACCUUUUAACCUCAACCUUGGCUGAGUAGAUCUCGUGUGUUCUGACCAUGAAAAUGAUAGAAACGCUCAGUGUUGUGGGUAGAAAGGCAAGCAUGUAGUGAGUGGUAGUUUGUAUCUCAGAUCUAAAUGCAGCACAUGAUUAGAGUGCUAUUUUACUGAAUUUUAUAUUUUAUCUGCUCAUUAUACCUUCUGCUAUUUGUGUAUAUUGCACUAAUGCAUUUUCGAGGCAUCUGAUUGGAACCAAGUAAAUAAAUAUAAAGCUGUU